ACGUGACGUGACGUCACGCGGGGCGGGGCCAUCGGCCGCUGGGCGCGCGCUCGCUCACUUCCCGGCGCGGCCAUGGGCGCGGCGGCUGCCGAGGCCAACCGGACGCUCUUCGUGGGGAACCUGGACCCCAAGGUCACCGAGGAGCUCAUCUUCGAGCUCUUCCACCAGGCGGGCCCCGUGAUCACCGUGAAGAUCCCGAAGGACCGCGAUGGACGGCCCAAGCAGUUCGCCUUCGUCAACUUCAAGCACGAGGAGUCGGUGCCGUACGGGCUGCGGCUGCUCAACGGGAUCAAGCUGUACGGGCGGCCCAUGCGCAUCCAGUUCCGAUCAGGGAGCAGCCACGCCGCCCAGGAGAUCAAUCCGUCCUGUUCCCCGCUGGGAGCUCCUGGCGCCAGCCUUCCUGGCGUGCCUCACCCAGCCUCCAACUGCAGCAGGUACGACAGGGUUCCAGACGGCGCGCCGGGCUUCCCGUCGAGCCUGCAGAGACAAGCGGUGAUGAACAGCGCGGCCCGGCAGCAGCCCCAGUUCGGGGGCAAAUACGAGCCUGGCUUUGCCCCUCCCGGCUACCCGCACCCGUUCCACGCCGUGCCGGGCUCGCCGGGGCCGCGGCGCGCCGAGGGGCCGCGCAAGGCCCGGCUGGGCGCCCACCCCUACGGCCCCGACAGCCGGCACGCGGGCCGCGAGCGCUUCGAGUGCGGCGCCGAGUACGGCCGCGGCAAGAGGGACGAGUACGGCUUCGAGGAGAGGGGCCACGAGGCCGAGCACCACUACCGGGGCCGCGAGGAGCACCACGACGAGCGGCACCGCGACGGCUGGAGCUACGAGUACCGCAGGGACAGCUACAGGGAGCCCAAGUGGCACUCGGCGCGGCACUGACGGACUCGAGGGCACAGCCAACCGCGCCUCUUUCUCGCCGAGUACUUGUACAAACCCCCCCCCUCCCAAAAAACACCCCCAGUGAAGGCACCUUUUAGUGUUUGUAAAAAAAUACCAGCAGUGCAGUCCUGCCAAACUCUGGUCUCAGUAUUAAAUGUGUUGGCGCACGCUCCAGGGCUUUUCACGGGGCGAGGAAGCCGUGGGGAAGUCUUGGAGGAGCCACCGCUCUGUCCUCCUGUCACAGAUCAGUGCUGGUAGUAUUUUUUUAGGAGAAAGGAAGGUCUGUGUCAGAUGGAAGGGUCGUGUUUUCAGCAGAGUUGAGGUGGGACAUGCUGCCCGGCAUCUGUAGCAUUCCUCAUGUUGUUUUAUACAGUCACAUAAUCACACAUUGGUCUGGGUUGUAGGUACCUCACUCCACCCCCUGCCAGAGGCAGGGACCCCUUCCACCAGACCAGGCUGCUCAGAGCCCCAUCCAGCCUGGCCUUGAACGCUUUUACUGACGGAACAUCCACAAUUUCCAUGGGUAACUUGUUACAGUGCCUAAGCACCUUCACAGUAAAGAAUUUUUUCCUAA